AUGACGGGCCGCAGUUCUUUGGACUACUCGCGGAAGAGGCCGCCGCCGCUGGAGACGGCUCUGUCAGAUGCAUCGGCGCCCGACCAGAACGGAACUCCCAUCUCACCCAAGCUGCACACUCCCAAUGUGGAGCGCUAUCCCAUGGCCGAGGAGGUGGAUGUGCCGGUACAGCAUGGCUAUCAACGAUUCGUGCUCGCAGAUCCCGUCGCUUUCCGCUACUUGGCAGAAGACAGCUCGUGUACGGUCCUCGAUUCCCGCCGGGAGCUUCGCGGGUACGAGUGUUUUGUCGUCGAGCAAUGGACCACCUCGCGCGCACACCCCACGUUCAUGAUCACAACGUACACCGGUGAUCCCGCACAUGUGAUAGUCGUGAGUAUUAUGAGUGUGCCGAUAGAUGAGAACACCUGGUCCCCGCGGCUGAGAGUCUACUUCAAGGCACUCAAUCAGUUCCAUGCGAGGCGACGGGACACUCCACUCGGCAUCCUCAUGGUCACGAACCUCUCCGGCUUUCCAUCCUCCCUGACGGUCAUCUCCGUCCCAGACGGCGAUGUGCGCAAACAUCGAUUCGACUUCUUCGUCAAUGAAGAUCUGAAGCGAUUGGGAUGCUCGGGGCGGACAGGCCUCAGUCUGUCGCAACCGGCCGCAACCACAGUCGUCAAGUUCCAUCAGCUGUUCAGGACCAGCGAUAAAAACGACAUCUACCGGGCCGUGCUGGAACUUGUCAAGCUGUGUCAGAGCGCCUUGACGCUAUUCGACAAAUUGGAGACCGACUACGCCGAUGGCUUGCUAUGCGACGUCACUGAAAGGGCCAUCAACGACUGGUGGGUGGAUAUUGGAAGCGAGUACUACAACAUGGAGCCUCAUGACGGGAUCCUGGGACCAACGACCGUGGCCGGCUUGCUCGGAUUGCUCAUGGGAGCGCGGAACAGAUUGCAUGCCGUGAAUGCGCCCGUCUCCAAAGAUGCCUUCGAUGUGGAGGCCAUGAAGCGUGCGAUUGGCCAUUUUCAGCGACAACAGCGAGUGACUCGCACGCGGAGAUUAGACCGCAGGACUCUGGACCGACUGCACAAGGUCACGCAGAAAGCGGCCGAGAAGGAGAGGUGGGCGGUGCCGAAAGCUGUGAAGUCGACAGUCGCAGAACUCAGCGGCAAAGGCGGUGAGAUGGUGAUGGAAGCCGUGGGCAGGAGAGACCGUGCAGGGAUUGCUGAAAUCGAGACCGUCGACAUGGAACGCUUUGUGCAGCUUGUAUAUGGCGAUCGAGCGAAAUGGUUGUGGUUUGGCAAGCCGAUGAAGAAAGCCAAGGGCCAUGACAGCCAGCUACCGCAGGAAGUGCAGGGAGAGCCAGGCUUCAGUAAAGCUUUGACAUUCAAGCCCGACGACCAUGGCGGCUUCACCUGGAUCGCUCGAGCGGGUUCCCAUGACAAACCGGCCCCAAUACAGAGGCACUCGUAUCAUCACGCAGGCGACGACUACAACCGACCGGCUUCAGUUGAAGGAGGGGAUGAUAGUGAUGAUGCCAACCAUUCAUUCUUCAAACGAGCAACCACUUUCAAAGAUGAUGCCAAGACUGGUCUUGGCAAAGUUCGUGGAGCUGUGGGACUGCGUGGUCACAAGCACAAGCACUCUACCGGGGAGCCGGCUCCCACGUCACCGACGGAACGAGACAACAAGGACAAGAGGCCACUGCUGAAGAGAGCGCUUUCAAGCCCAAUCAGCAGUCCGAGUAGCGCCAAAGGCCCAGAGAAGGAUAUUCCACCAAUGCCCGCCGUAGCAGAACAGUCGGACCGCCUGAACGUCGCUCUUGGGCGAGAGCGCGCCGAUACCGUCGAGUCGAGAUCGACGAGAGAUGCUUCUCCGAGCAAAGUGAGAUCGAACGAAAGCUUGACGCCUUUUCCAAGCUACAACCCGGACCAGAGCACAGAUGAACAGGACGACAGAAACGACACCGAUCCUUCGCGGACAGCAACAGCCAGCGCCUCCAUCGCAGGGUCAGUCUACAACGGCAUCGACCUCAACGACGUCCUCCCCACAGGCCCCGAGACCGAAGCAGACACGAGCCACCUGCUCCGCCGCACGAUCUCGGACAGCCAGUUCAUCGACAUCAAGCUCCAAUCCCACGACCCAGCCGCCUACCCUCGCCAUUUGAGUUUCAGUCUCGCGGAGGAUAGCAUCCUCCACUGGGACUCCUUCCUCUCCUCCUCCUCCUCCUCCGCCGAAACCAACCCCUCCCACGACCCCUCUUCCACUCUCUACGCCCAAGUCAAAUCCGAAAACCUCCUCGCGAACAAGCAAAAAUCCCUGCACCACCUCAUCACACACCUCCAAACCUACACGGCCUCCUGGACCGCGACCCAGAUCUCCCUCCUCCGGCAGACCCUCCUCCAGAAACAAGAGCGAGACCUCUCCCUGCUGACCGAAACCAUCCACGACCCGCACCUGCAGAACGUGCGGGAGAUCCAGACGCACUCGGAGGGCCUCCUGCGCGAGAACCGCGAGACGUUCGAGGAGGACGUCAAGGAAAUCGAGACCAUGGCCGCGAAGUUGGAAUAUGAGAUCUCCGCGCUGAGGAGUAAGGUGGAAGAUGUGGAAGCUGGGGUGGGGGAUUUCGAGAAGGGGGUGGCGAGGGUGGAGGAGCGGGUGGGGGAGUUGGAGAGGGAGGGGAAUCGGAGUGGUUGGGCGUGUACGGUACAGUGA